CCGCGCGCUGACGAACGCAAUGUUUACGUUGAGGGUCGCGCUCGACCAGCUCGCUCCUGCAAAUGUUAAAUCUGGUGGACUCCUAGUUCAACCUUGACAGUUACAGCCCCGUUUCUGUGCCAGAAUAAGAAAGGUCUAGAGCCAUGUGGAAAAAUUAUAAUAUUAGUGAAGAAAAUACAGAAGGCUUCGAAGAGUUGUGUAAAAAAUUUCGACAGAGUCCUGGUGUAUUCCAAUGUAAGCACAUGAACUUGAUAAGUCUACAUGAAGACAAUAUUCAGCAAGAUGCAAACAAAGAAGAGCUUGUUCAUAAGAAGAUUAAAUUAAAUACCAGCACUACCUUGCCUUUGAAAGCUUCCACUGUGAAAAAUUGCCAGCUAUCCAGUGUAUUUGAUGUCGAGACAAUGCAGAAAAAUAUGAUAAGUUCUCUAAACAGUUCUGAAAAAGUGAACUUGGAGCCCUAUAUAUCAAUUGAACCCCUCACUGUAUGCAACAAUGGUGUUAAAAUGAUCAGUGAUGAAGUUUUGUUUAACAUUUGUAAAAAGAGCGAAAAAUCAGAUGAUACUCUAGCAGGUAUACUGGGAACACUUUUUAUAUUACCAAAGCUAUACCACCUGCCCAGCAAGUUAUCUACACCAGUUGCUGAUGCCUUGUCAGAAUUCAUUCACUGUCACCCAGAAGUGACUGUGACCCAGGUUUUGGUGCCUCUUCUGCAGUACUGUCCAGAGACAGGAGAGCAGCACAGAGAUGCCCUGGCACGCCUCAUGUCUGCAUGCUCACCUCGUCAUGUUACACAACUGCUAAGUGCCAUCUCUAUACGAGAAUCGGUGUGUGAUGUUGAUGUGCAGAUUUUUCAUCUGUUAUGUGAACAUGCCGAUCAACAAUCCUCUGCAACACACACUGCUGUCCUUACAUUUUUAAGUAAAACUUGUGAGAAAUACAAGACUUCUGUAAAAUUUGGUCAUUGUCUUUUAUUUGUGAUGAAGAAGAUGGGACAGCAUAUAAACCAUGAAAACCUCCAGUUAAUUAUCAAGAGUCACUCUUCAAGCUUGAAAAAGGCUAUUGAAGUACAGAUGAAGAGAGUCAUGAAGAAUCAAUAAAUUAAAAUCCUUAAUAAAUUCAAACAAGC